UGCGGUCGGGAUCUCAGUGAUGCCAAGCUCUACCUGCGGCGCUACUCGGUGUGCGAGCCGCACUUCAAGGCGGAAUGCGUCAUGCUGGGGGGCGGCAGGUACCGCUUCUGCCAGCAGUGCAACAAGUUCCAGUCUCUGGACAACUUUUCAGGAAGCAGGAGGCGAGUGGAGAGG